AUGACUUUCGUGGAGUCUUCGCGAAGUCUUUUUCUCCAUCUCGCCGUUUUUCUCGCGGCUCUCCCGCGAGAGAAUUCCAUUGUGCAUUCGGUGGCUAACCUCCCGCGGAGCCCUGGCCAAUUGAUAUGUUUCUCGUGUGAGGACUGUUUUGUACCUAGAAAUUUGAUCCAGUGCUCCUACGAUGGGGAUAAAUGUUACUUCGAACAUAUAAUCGAAGAUAGCGGUCAAGAAAAGGUCAAGAGGUCAUGUGAGCAUGUGUCCAUAGUCGAGGACGAAUGUGAUGAUGCCCUGCUUGUUGGAAAGAAGGCCUUUGCUUGCAUGUGCAGUUUCGAUGCUUGCAACUCUCAAAAUGUUUGUGGGAUCUUGGUUGGGCCUACGGAGAACACUCGCUACUACCAGGUCCCCAAAUCCCUAAAAGCCAUCGACUUUCCAGGUUGGGAUGGCGGGAUGGAACUUUCAAAUAUCAAACAGAUCAGUGGUGCGUCGUCGUCGUCAGUGGCGGUGGCCGAUUGUGCAGUCGCGUUUGUAGUCGCCGCUUAUUUAGUUGCGUUUUUCGUCGUUGGCGUGACUGGCUUUGCAGCUGCCGCUUAUUACGUCGUCGUCCUUCUACAGAAUUUUGAAUAUUUUCUUUCACUCUCCCUCACGCUAUUCUUUCUUACCAAGUGCCUAGCUGGAAAUGCGAAUAAUGAAAUUAAUGAUUCCGGAAGCUUUAGCAAUCUGGAAAAUUUUAUUAUGAUUUUCAUUGCUGUCUUUUACGCUGUGGAGUGCAGUUUCUGGAGCGGAUGUCUCACAAUUCAAGAGGGAGAGGGGGUCGAAAUAUUUUUGAAAGUUUGUGACUCGGGAAAAGGAAGCGGGGGGUCAAAAAAAACGUUUCAAAAAGUGACAUCAUCCUCUAUGAACAGCCCAUAA